ACCAUGAAAUCAUCACAUAUAGCUCUAAUAUGCAUAGUCAUCUUCUCCCUCUUCACUCUACAUGAAUGUGGGAAAAUGGAGGAUGGAGAAACAAAAAGAUCAAUUCUCAGUAUUCACAUUCCUCCGUGUAUCAAAACUUUUUGUACGAUACCAUAUAUAAGGGAUUGUUGGUGUUGUUUGAGACUACUGGACCCUAAGAAAAAGAGGCUUUGUUGGAAAGACAAAGAUUAUCCAAACGCCAAAGAGCUAUGCUACGCGGGAUGUUCAGAAUAG